UAAUUCGUGGUUCCAGGUAUUUAUUUUUCUGGAGGAAAACUGUCUCGAGAUUUCCCCCAAAUUCUUCCCCCUUUUUUUGGUUGCUAGGGUUCCGGGACACGCCCAUCAAUCGAUCAUAUGCGAGGGAGACCAUUUUCUCCAUCGAUUCCUCCCGAAACCCUAUCUUUUUCGUUCCUUCCUAGCUCUCUAAUUUGGUUUUUAGCUUCUUCAAUCGUUUUAUUUCUUGUUUUCUGUUCUUGUGUUGGUCGCCAUGAGGUUUUCUGACGAAUCUCUCUUUUCGCGUCCUCCAUUUUCCCUUUUUCUUUUUUUCGGCAUCAAUCGCUUGCUUGUUCUCUGAUGCUGCGUUUUCAUCUGAAAAACUUGCUUGCUUCCCGUGCGAUUUGUGCUUAAAAGUUUCCCCGUCGUCAAAUUAGCUCCUUCCCUCUUGGUUUGAGUCCGGUUGGGGUUUUCUCCUUUUUCGUGAUUCCGGUUUGUGUAAUUCCGAUAACGUGCCAUUUGGAAAUCUUGCGAUUUCGGGAGUUUUCUGGGUGGUUUCAACCCAUUUGGAACUAGGGUUUUGACAUACGGUCCCUGUGGAGGGAAGCGAGGAAACUUUUAUGGCUCAGGAAAGCUGGAAAAGGGAGAAGGAUGAGACCGACUGUAAGAUCAAGGAGGGUCUCAUCCUCUGCGUCAACAAUUGUGGCCUUUUUGGUAGCCCUACCACCCUCAACAUGUGCGUCAAAUGCUAUGGCGAAUACCUCCUGAAAAAGCCCAAUUCCUCACCAUCACCAACGCCACCAUCACCUCCAUCAGCAGCAGCAGCGGCAGCAGCACCACCACCACCACCAACGUCGCUGCCACCGCCCAAAGAUCCAUCACUGUCAUCAUCAGCACCACCACCUCUUCCGACAGCAACACCACCACUACUGCCGUCUUCUUGUUCUUCUCCUUCACCCUCGCCACCGUGUACGCCAUCAAAAGAGACGCCCGCGAAGCGUCCCCGGGACCUGGACUCGGCUAUAGAGGACCGGCCUUCGAAAAUGAUCACAACCGUGUUUCGGUGCUCAAGCUGCCACAAGAAGGUGGGCUUGACGGGAUUCCGGUGCCGCUGCGGGGACCUUUUCUGUGCCCGGCACCGCUACUCGGACGCCCACGGUUGUUCGUAUGACUACAAAGCUGCGGGAAGAGAGGCAAUUGCGAGAGAAAAUCCUGUGGUUAAAGCCGCUAAGAUCAUCAAGAUCUGAAGUCUCUUCCCUCUUCUUUGCUUUCUAUGGUAUUACUUGUACUGGUUUGGGUUGAGAAAAUUAGUGAAUGUGGGUAUUGGUGUAACUGCCAAUUUGGUGUAAUAUGAUAUUACUUUUGCGUCCCAUAUUUGUUGCAUUUGAUUCA